AUUGGUUUUGUAGGUUUUCCAUCUGUCGGGAAGUCAACAUUAUUGAGUAACUUAGCUGGUGUGUAUUCAGAGGUAGCAGCCUACGAGUUCACCACCCUAACAACGGUACCAGGUGUCAUCCGCUACAAAGGUGCCAAAAUUCAGUUAUUAGAUUUACCAGGUAUUAUUGAAGGUGCUAAGGAUGGAAAAGGAAGAGGAAAACAAGUUAUUGCAGUGGCACGAACCUGCAGCUUGAUUUUCAUUGUUCUCGAUGUACUAAAACCUUUACAACACAAGAAGCUCAUAGAAUAUGAAUUAGAAGGAUUUGGCAUCCGAUUGAACAAGUCUCCACCAAACAUCCAUUUCCGGCGGAAAGACAAAGGCGGCAUUAACCUUACAUUUACGGCUUCUCAAUCAGAGUUGGACUUGGAUACUGUAAAGACCAUCCUUGGAGAAUAUCGAAUCCACAACGCUGAUAUCGUGUUGCGCUAUGAUGCUACAGCAGAAGAUCUGAUUGAUGUUGUCGAGGGCAACCGAGUCUAUAUCCCUUGUAUUUACGUACUCAAUAAAAUUGAUCAAAUAUCAGUUGAGGAAUUAGACAUUAUCUACAAAAUACCCCAUUGUGUACCAUUAUCGGCUCACCACAAGUGGAACUUUGAUGAUCUCCUCGAGAGACUUUGGGAAUAUUUAAAACUGGUUCGAAUCUAUACUAAACCGAAAGGCCAGCUCCCAGACUACCGUUCUCCAGUUGUUUUGAAACAAGGCAAAAGCAGUGUGGAAGAUUUCUGUGACAAAAUUCAUCGGAACAUCAUGAGAGAGUUCAAACAUGCCUUGGUAUGGGGCUCAUCCGUGAAACAUCAGCCUCAAAAGGUUGGCAAAGACCAUAUCCUGUGUGAUGAAGAUGUCGUUCAGAUUGUGAAGAAAUAAAGUCACCUACUGGUCUACCACCUCCUUUCUUCUAUGGAGAAAUGCAGCAAGCAAGCAAGAACAACAAUGAUAAUGAUGAGAAAAAUAAAUAAUUAUUUACAGUGGAAUGUGGAAUGUUUUUUGUUUUUUUAAAAGCAUCGCAGUAAAUGGUUUGAAAUUGAAGGUUAAAGGGGGAAAAAAAAAUCUUCAGUGAGACACUUUAAAAAUGAAGUGGAUAAAAGGAUUAAAAAAUAAAUUAGGGAGGAAACAGUGAAGUGGUUAUUGAUUGAGAUAAGAAACUAAAUAAAAUCAAAAGAAAAAAAAUAAAGAGAGGAAGAUGCAGAGAUAGAUGGAAAGAAAAUUUUGAAGAAAUUCUUUUCUUUUUGACACUGGGUACUAAAAAAGAAAAAAAAAUGGAACAGCAAAAGUCAACCAAAAGCAAAAGUAAAAAGAAAAAAACCUCAAAAAACCUCAAAUAUUUCUUUCUCCUCUUUUCUUUUCUCUUCCUGUCAGAAGAAUUCUUUCUGAAAUUUGAGAUAUUCGAAAUAAUAAAAAUGUGAUAUCGGA